GCCCACCCCCACUCUCACUCCCCCUGGGCCGGCCCAACCAGCGGCUCGGCUACAAAAUCACCGAACCCCCAACACCGCCGUCGGAGCAGCGGCGGCAGCAAGAGGAGAUGGCGCCGCCCAGCAAGGAGCCGUGCAAGAAGGAGGCGUGCGACAUCCAGGCCUGCCUCUCCAAGAACCUCUUCGAUUCCAAGAAGUGUUUGAAAGUUAUUCAGUCACUACAAUCUUGUUGUGAGCAAUGCGAGUACAAAUCAACACAUUGUGGUUCUUUGUCGGGCUUGCUCAAAAACAUUUCAAAGUGAUGUAAUAAGACUAUCACUCAAUAAAGGUAAUUUUAGGUUUGCUUGGGAGUUAAUCAGGAUAUCAGUUUCUCUAAUCCAUCAUGUAUGACUGGGAAAAAUAAUAAUGCGCCAUCCUCAACCUGCAGAAAGGUGCUGUGGUUGCUAGUUGUUCGGUGCUGAGUUUGUCAACACAUUUCUUUAAGAGGGAUACUGAUAUUGCCGUAUACCUGUAUUAUCCUUUGUAUUUCUUAUUAUGCCCAUGUGCAGAUAUAAUUCAAGAAAAUAAGUGAACCCUGGCCUUGUUGUACACCAAUCUGCAUUUAUGAUAUGGGAAGUGUUUUUGAAUUGCA